AUGACCAGUCCAUUCUUAAGUAUCGUUGGGGGCGGACCCAGUGGGAUCCUCCUCGCGCUUCUUUUGGGAAAGCAAGGCAUCUCUGUGCAACUGCUUGAAGCCGCAGAGAAAUUCGAUGAUCGUCCACGGGCCACACAUUAUGGCCCUGCCGCUGUGCGGGAACUGCAGAGAGCGGGCGUCUUUGAGGAUAUGAAAGCCAAAGGUGGCUUCUUUCCUUCAGGGGUGUCCUGGUGCAACUUUGAAGGGGAAACCUUGGCCACGAUUUGGGGGCCAACGGGAGAGGAAGAGCACCCUACUAUCUGCCUUCCUCUAAACAAAUUGCAUGAAGUUCUAGAAGAGCACCUCAAGUAUUACCCCAGCAUUGAGGUGUUUUUCAACCACAAAGUUGUUUCUGUCGGCCAGGAUGAGUCUACCUCUUGGGUUGUAGUGGAAACCCCCGAAGGAAAGAGGACUUUCAACUCGCAGUACAUCGUUGGGUGUGAUGGUGCCAAUAGUAUCGUCCGACGGACUCUGUUUACCGAUUCUGGCUUUGAUGGAUUCACCUGGAAACAGCAGAUUGUGGCGACGAAUGUUUACUAUCCCUUUGAGAAACACGGAGUCAAAAUUGACUCGAGUUUCAUCAUUCAUCCCGAGCAUUGGCAUAUGAUCGCGCGGAUUACCGAGGAUGGGAUGUGGCGCGUAACCUAUGGCGAACUUCCAGGCUUGACGUUUGAGCAGUUGAAGGAACGACAACCCAUGAAGUUCAAGACCAUACUACCAGGUCAUCCUGAUCCGGAGGACUACAAGCUCGUCAACUUUAGUCCCUAUAAAGUCCAUCAACGAAUCGCCAACAAGAUGCGGGUUGGCCGUAUACUACUAGCUGCUGAUGCUGCUCACUUAUGUAACCCCUUCGGCGGCCUUGGUUUGACUGGGGGAAUUGUUGAUGUCGGGGGGCUAUAUGACUGUCUCUUUGGAGUGUAUAGUGGACAAGCUGAUGAGAGCAUCUUGACACUCUACGAUGAAGUACGGCGGGGAAUGUAUAACAAUAUCAUCAACCCGGUCUCCAGCGAGAAUAUUCGACGUCUCUUUGACCAGGAUCCGGCUACAAUUAUGCAGGAGGAUGAUUUCCUUCAGCUCGUCAAAAAAGCCGAGACGGAUGCUGAAGCGCUUGAUAUACUCAGCAAGGGUGUAUUUUCCAUCCAGUACGACUUUACUCAGCAUUAUCGCUCUACAAAGACAAAUGGCAAUUGA